AUGAGUUCGCAAUCAAAUGCUAACUCAGAAAUCGAAACAGUUAUCCGGGAAGCUCGAAAAAUUGAUGAGUUUUUUGAUUCAAUUUAUAACGAUCUAAUAUCAAUUGACCAGAAGUCUGAACAAAAAUUUGCUUCCGAAUGGAAAGUUUUGAAGGAUACUUGGCGUGAAAUUUUGCAGGAGUCGAGAGAUGAGGCUUCUAGUUUAGUCAUUUUUAUGCAAUAUUUCGCCAAAGUGGUGCGUCCUUCACUUCUGGAUAUAGAUGUUCCCAUGCAAGAGAUAUUGAGUAUUUUGGAAUCUUAUAUCAAGAUGGCCGAAUUGAAACGAAGUAAAGCUGAAAAAUUCCAAAAAAAUUUCUACAAUCUCAGCAACGAUAUAAAAACCUUCUUGGCUAGUUACGACAGGAUAGGAGAAGAUCGGGUUUUUCAUGAAGUUCAAGUGCAUCAAAACCAGAUCAUCAAGUCUAAGAAUUUACUGAGUGAAGCACUAUUGAAGUGGAUAUCCGCGCUUGCAAAUCUUAGUCUUGGCGUAGUCUCCAGUUUAGGUCUAAUUCCUAAAAAAAAAUCAUAUACCACUAACACAAAAGAACUUAACAAUGCCACCAAUGAAUUAUGGGAUGAAAUCAAGGAUUAUCGUUCCAACUGGGUCGAUCGAAAAGAGCAUAAAAGAAAAAUCAAUGUCAUAGAAAACACACGCAAAUUGGGAAAUACAAUGAAAUCGUUUGACAAUAUCUGGGGUAUGUUUAGUUCCAAUAUUCAAAAUCUUAAAAAAACUUUAGACUUGAUCUCAAAUAUCGACCAACCGAGGGGCAACAAUGUUCACGAAUUGCUAUUACGGAGACAAUUAGAAUUUAUUGUUGAAACUAUGAACACCGAUAUGGAUUACCUGAAAUUUGGCCUUGGCAAGAGCUUUACCGCCACAGUAUUCGGAUUCGAUGCAAAGGUGGGUAAUGAUCCAAAUUCCAAGACUAAGAAUGUGACAAUCUACAGUAGUGAUAAGUACACCUAUGUUGAUACUCCUGGGUUUGACGACAGCAAUAUAAAUGUAGAUAACAAGGAAAUGUUCAUUGAAAUCCUGACCAAAUUCAAUAUAUGGAAUAAUGUAAUCGUCAUAAUUAAAGGAGAAAACACUAACACAGGCAUUCAGGAUAUAAACGCUGUCGACUGGGCUGUCAAUCCCAACAAUGUGGGAGGAGAUAUGCUUGCUAAGACUUCAUUCAUCCAUGUGUAUUUACAUGAUCGUUUGUCAGAAUAUCAUGUUAAACCUUUUACCCCUGAAGAAUUACAUGAACAAGGAAUAUACAAGAAGGAGGAGUUGUUUAAUGUUUAUAAAAAGAUGAUACAGGAAAAACAUCAUGCAGAAAACCCAAUAAAGGUCACUUUUAAAGAUGCAAAGUGCGUCAAAUGUGGAAAGGAAACUGACAUAAGACUGGCUGAGAAGUUUCCGUGUCAUACGAAGGAGAUAAAUCACAAACAUCCAAAUAUAGAACUUAUUCAUACAGGAUAUGUCACAACUCAAAAAGAAUACAGGAAAUUUGGAGACAAGACAGAGAAGUAUGGACCUGCUGUAGGAGGGACUUUGGGUCUUAUGGUUGCAUUGAACACUGUACUCACUGUGGAAGCGAAACACAAAUUUAAUGCCAAUGCUGAUGUAGUUCAAUUAUACAGAUCACAUGUAAAGGUAUUGGAUGAAGAUUCAAAUGAUGGCAGUAGUAUUGACGAUGAUGACAAUCCAAACAACAACAAUGUUAAUAAUAACAUUGACAGCAACACACAAAACGUUAAUGAAACUAUCACUAAUAGUAAUAGUUUUACAACAACGUUUGAGUUAAUGGAAACUCCUCCUAACAGAUCAGCUUCAUCAUCACCAAGCAUUUUUGAUGGUGAACUGACACCUGAACAAACUGCACAUUUGGAUGAAAUAGAUCUUGCUACUGGACUUGAUGGAUUUUUAUUAGCAGCUCUUAGAAGUCCUAAGGAUAGGAUGUUCCUUUUGAAAUUAGAUCAAGAAAUGGAACGGUUUAUUGAUGAUGAAAGUCGUUCACGGUUAGAAUUUCCACCCAUGAAUUCUUAUCAAAGGCUUAUUAUUCACCGUGUUGCACAGUACUUUAAGUUAUCUCAUGUAGUAGAUGCUAGUGGUAAAGCAGUUAUCUUAUACAAAUCUCCAGAAACGCAAAUACCGAUUCUUCGAUUUUCAGAUCUUCUUGAACAAGAUGAAGAAGAAAAACCUGAAAAAUCAGUGAAAAUCAUGAAAAGACAGCAAACAUAUCCAUUAACAAAACAACAAAGAGCAUUAAUGAAUGAUCCUGAUAGUAUUUAUGAAGGAGAACGUAAAAUUUUAUCAAUUGAAGAAAGGGAGGCUGCCUAUUUGAAAGCUAGAGCAAGAAUAUUUAAAGAUGUUGAACGACAAAAUAAUUGUAUUUUAAAUGAUCAGCAACUGGAAGAAAGCAAUGAAAGUUCAAUGGUUUUAAAUGCUGGCGGUGUUGAUAGUAAUAGACAAUUUUACAAUAUGUCAAAACAAGGUCGUCCCAUGAACAACUUUCCUCCUGGACCUCCUCCUUCUACGAUCAUGCAAGGUCAUUUUGGGCGUCCAUUUUUUAGUGGACAACCACCGCCGCCACAUGUAAACAUGUAUGAUUCUAACAUGUUUCCUUUGCAAGCAAAUAUGUUGCCACCUGAUAUGAAAGUUAGUCAUCCAAAUCAUCCCCCUAUGCCAAAUCCUUACAUCAAACAUUUGAAUCAUCAGUAUCAACAACCAUUACCUCCUCCCUCUUAUCUCCAAUCUCAUGGUCAUCCUCCUACACUUCCAAAUUCAAAUCACGCCAUUAAUUCAUCUAUUUCUACGCCCGGUAGUGGUGGAAGUUUAAUGGGUCCACCAUCAAUGCCGGCUCUUUCUUCAGUCUCGCAUCAAUUUAUAAAUUUUCAACGUAUGGGUUUGAUUCCAUCCCCAAUGAUGGGUUUUCCACCUCAACAAGUAUCAUUACAACCACCACCAUCACACCCAGCAAGCCUUGCGACAUCAUCAAAAAUAUCUGCCCCCAAUUCACCUUUUAAAGGUGUAACUACUUCUUUAAAAAAUUCUUCUGGUUGGGUUGGAGGCCCAGUUGGUAAAGUCGGUGAGGGCCCACUUUUAUUUGAUUAUACUUUACAAAUACCAUACGAAGGAGUUAAACCUAACCAAGCUAAUGAACCACCAAAACCAAGUCAUAUACUUGAACUUUAUGAUUUUGCAGAGUCAGACAAUCUAGCAAAUAUUGUAUUGAUGAAUGCAACUAUUAAACGCGUUUAUCCUCCUUCAACGAGCAACAAUAACACAUUACCAAACAGACGACCUACAGUCCUUGCAAUAUUUAAAAAUUCUAAAGAAGCCAAUAAGUCGGUUCAAACAUUUAAAAGUUCCAGGUUUAAACUUAGAACAUGGGAACCUUUACCGAAAAAUAAUAACAUCAAUGGUAAUCUUAGUAUUAGUAGUGGUAGUAAUGACAAUAAUGAAAAUUCUACAAUCUCAGUUGCUCAAUUAUUGGGAACAUCUACUUAA